AUGAACUCCUUCAUACGCGACGGCGUUUGUUCGCGGAAGAAAAGAAACGGCCGUCUGUCGCGUAAGAAGCGGAUAAAGAAGAAAACGCGAACUUUUACGAGAAUCAUAUUCUCGACGAGCGACGAUGACGAUGACGAUGAUACCAACGACACCGCUGUCGCCGUGGACAAUCGCCCCGAAAACGUGGACCCAGGGAUAACGUCGGUUUUAAAUAAAGGCGACCCAGAUCAUCCGAGCGACGAACAGACCGAACGAAAAAAUAUUGACUCGUCCAACGUAAGCGUGUACCUGUACCAUACAUAAUACCUAUUAUUGUUUUCAUAUUUUCUCGCGCGUAUAAUCCAGAUUAUAAUAUUUGUCGGACCGCGAGUGUAGAGACGGUUCGAUUUUUUUGACAUUUUUCAUUCGCGAAUGACCACCCGACCCGAGUCGCGGGUAAGGGAUGACGGACGUUUUUUUUUAAACCCGUUCGCGUGUCCGCGCGAUGUUCUACCGGUCUUGACGUAAUUAUUUUAUACCGACAAGUAUCUAUCACAAUGGUAUCUACCUACUAGCUAUUCGUGUUCGUUUUAAUUUUGUAAUAAAUUACCGAAAAGUCGGGGAGGACUCCGUCUUAAAUUCCCCCCUCCCACCACGCUUCUGCCGUAUUAAUUUAUUCGGUUUCUUUUUCUAUUUUUUUUUUUCCUUUAAAAGUUUUCUCACGUUAUUGAAACGUGUCGCGUUUACUAUCCAAGUCCAUAGAGUCACUGUCAAGCCGAUGCACAACUACUAUGAAGGUUUUAUUGUUUCUUUGUUUUUUCGGCAGGUAAGAUCGUUUCGCAGGUUUAAUUUAUUUUUAUAAUUUUUUUUUUUUUUUAUAAUCUAUUAAUCGUUUAGAAUUUAUUUAUAAUACAAAUAUGUCUUUCCACUUUCAAAAGGGUCGAUAUGAUAAAAUAAUUCAAGGCUAAUACAGCGGUUGAUACCUAUAAUAACCUAUAGAUACCCGUUUUUUUCUUUGGUACUUGACCCACACCAUAGAUAUUAAACACGUGAAUAAGGUAUUCCAUAAAAAUCCGUUGGCCAACAUAAUUAUUGAUACUACUAUUAACCGCUCUCUCACUCUCUUUCUCUCUCUCUCUCUCUUGCAGGGAUUUACUACUCUCCUUGUCACGCAGAAACAUAUGUGUGAGCGAGAAUGUGAGAAAAAACGUAGGAAAACGUACAAUUUCACGAUUUCAUUAUUUUAUAAAAAUACGGAUGACGUUUUCUACCAGAAAAAAUGAUAUAAUCAAAAAACCACAAAAAAUAAUUUUUGUUGUCUUUUUAAUUGACUUUCUAACGGUAUCGUCGCCAAAACUUUUGAGCUUUUAACGAAUUUUAAUUUUUGGGAGUUUUUUUCUGUCAUUCGGUUAUAAAUACACGUAGAGACUUAUAACUUGGUUAUAAUACUUAUAUUGGACUUAACUAGACGUAAAAUUACCAAAAUUUUCAAACGACUUUUUUUUUUUUAAUAAGCGUUUUGAAAUCAAAUUUAAACGAAAAUCGCAAAAGUUAUGUAUUGCCGAACUGCGCUCGGAAUCAUCUUUCGUCAAGCAAUGGUUUAUCGUUGCUUAAAGAUAUAAAUGAAAUAACUUUAUGUAUCCUACCUUUCCAACUUCUCACCUAAAAAAGUGGCCGCUCCCGCCCCCUGAAUCAGCUCUUUUUUAUUUGUACACGGUUUACCCCUUUUUUAGAUUCUUUCCAAAUAAUAUAAUGUUUGUUCUGUGAUCUAGGUAAAUAUAAUGUAUUUGAUGGCAUUUUUGUUUUAAUUAGAGUUUUAAUUUUUAAUUACUUAUAGGCAGGUACCUAAAUACAAAGAAACUUAAAAUGUUAAAUUCAGGAAAAGUCAAUAUUGACACUUAUUCCAAGAUUAAAAUCUAUUAAUUACUAUUGUGUCUAAUGUAUUGUAUUCAGUAAAGCUUAUUUACUGAAAAAUUACCGAAACCGUAUUACAACAUAACAUAAAUAUUAUGUUCUGGGCCACGCGCCAUAUCAUAGGUAUACGUGCGUAAUUAAAUGUGCGUACUACAGUAAAGUCAACAACCAAAACCGGGGAGAACCGAAUCGACAUUAAAAUGCAAUUGCACUCUUUUCGGAAAACGAUGCAAUGCAAUAUGGAAUAUAACAAGUUUACCGAGGGCGCGGUUAGGCCCAAAACAACUGUCGCAAGACUACAUAUCGUUUCCGUAACAAAACGCAUAAAACCGAUUGGCAAUGCCCGAACAAACUUGUUCCCAGGAUGUACGGAAGAACAGUGUCACGAAUGAAAUACUGUAGAUGGCCGCGACUAUGAACGGCGGGUUGCCGGGACGACCCCUCCGAGCAUACAUUACCGCCGCCCGGAACGUCCGUCUUAACCAGACGAGUCCCCGCCACGAUCAAACGCGAGCAACUCUUAGCGUCACUCUGUUUUAUAACCGUUUUUGGACUUGUAAUAUUUUUGUGAAUUUAAUUUAAUUGGACUUGGAGUAUUUUCUGAACUUUUGUUAUUUUUUGUAAUAUCAAUUCGAUAAUACCUAUUCCUACUCCGACUCCAUACUCGUAACGUUGUAUUAUAUUACCAGGUCUACGGUUCAAGUUACAGUUACAAUUUUUAACACUAAAUAAAUAAUUUGUUUAGGAUGAAAAAGUGGUCGACAUACAUUCUUUAAAACAUUUCCGUUCACCUUAGGAUACAAGUAUGAUACUCUUACAAACAUACUAAUUUACUGUAGGUAUCUACUAGCCAAUCGACGGGGUUUUAGUAAGUUUUCCGCCUUUGCUGUUCUAUUACCUGAUAAUAAUUUUUUAAAUCAAAACCAAUUUAUUGUAUUUAUACACGACCCUUAUGAUAUUCCAGAUUUUGCAUUGUUAUUUAUUUUAUACAUUAUAUUUAUUAAUUUGUUUUGCAUUUAGGUACCUUUAUUUUUCUGUUUAAAUAUUUUUGUAUUUGAACGAUAUGUAUUCGUUCAUAUCGACAAUGGUGAUGUUAUCAGCGGUUUACCAGCUAACACAUACAAUUACAUAAUCACCUUAGUAACACUUAAUGUGAUUUUUACCAUUUAGUUUUAGUUAUAUAAUUACUGUAGUAAAAGUUAUUGAUUAAGUUAAACCGCCCAUUUAGUUAUAAUAUUUUUCAGUCCACGUAUUAUAUUAAAUAUUGGACACAACAUUAAAUGGCGCUACAUUAAAAACUAAUUUGAUCAUUUUUAAUGUAUGUACAAAUAUAUUAGUGUCAAGUAGGCCAGAAUUUAACAAUUUGAUAGUAACCUACCUAAUUUAGUUCUUAAUUUUAAUGUAGAUACCUAUCAUUUCAUCUCGUAUUUUAAUUAUAAAUUUUACCUAUAACUAAAAUCUCCAUUUUUUUAACUGUUUAAUUAUUGUUCUCAUAGUCAGGUAGCCUUUAGGUAUUGUCCUAUUGAAAAUAUCCCUGAAAAAACAAUAGUGUAGGCUUAAUUUAAUAAUGUGUUGGAAUUAUAACAUAUACUCAAGUAUAUACCAUUAUCAUUAUUGUUAUACUACUAUUAUUUAUUAUUAGGUAUACCCUCUAUUAUGUAUUAUUAUGGAACUAUAAUAUGUUAUAAUUAGNUACGAGGUGUGGCUAUUAAACAACGAGACUGGUUACGAAAAAGUGUUUUAUUAUAAAAGUUAUUCUACAUUCAAAUGCUCCCCUUCAAUAUACUCCCCUCCCCUCGCCACACACCGUUUCAUUCGUUUCUUCCAUUGCUCGAGGCAGUGCUGGAAGUCUGUUUUCGUAAGACCAUUCAGGAGUUCCGCCGAUUUUUGUUUCACCUCUUCCAUCGACUCAAACCGGAUUCCUUUUAAGGCAGACUUUAUCUUCGGAAACAAGUAAAAGUCGCAGGUUGCCAAGUCGGGUGAGUUAGACGCGUGUUCGAGUACUGGAGUGCCUUAAGCGGCCAAAUAAUGCUUCACGCUUUAUCCUGGUGCAAGAUCCACGACUUGUUUUUCCACAAUAUCGACCGUUUCUUACGAACUCAUUCGCGCAAUGUUGCCAAAACUGUCAAAUAGUAAUGUUGGUUCACAGUUUGACCCUCUGGAACCCAUUCAGUCAUCACGAUGCCGUUGAUAUCGAAGAAAACGGUUUUGAAUUUGGAUUACGACCGAAUUGGAUUCCGGUGCACUCUCGACCUUCAGAAAAUAAUGUAUGCCACUGAAAAACAUACGCCCGAGAUAGGAAAUCCUUACUAUAGGCCUCUUUUAACAACUUAUAGUACUCAGUUGGAGUUUUUUUUUAGUUUAACGAGAAAAUUUUACGUUUAUCCGUUGCUCAUGUUUUUCGGCACGAGAAAAAAACACGUUCGUUUCAAACCACUACUGCACAAAUACUAUAAUAGUGACGAAAACGUGUUUUGUUACGUGCAUAGAUAAGAUAUCUAGAUACCCAACGCAUUAUUCGUUUUUUUCACUACCCGUCUAGGGCGCCCUCUAGGCGAACAGUCUCGUUAUUUAAUAGCCACACCUCGUAUUAUAUUCACACGGGAGAGUCCGUAGUAGAUCGACAGAACAACUCAGCGUGUGGACCCGAAACGAACAAAUAAACUAUGCGGGCGUGAUGAGAGUCAACUUAAUGCUGUGAAAGAGCCGACUUUGUAAAUUUUAGGUAUCCGAAGGACACAACUCGGGCCUAAAAUUAUUAACCAUGAAAUAAUACCCGGUCGUUGUACAUUUUCACACGCACCAUCCGAUGAGUAAAAUGUAGAUGGAAUAACCCUAGGAAAUAUAAAAAAAUGUCACGUACGAAAUAAUAUAGAUGGUCGCGACUAUGGUCAGCGGGUUGCGGGUAAGGUCGCCAUAAUUUCAUAAAGUAAAUCCGGGAUGAAUAGAAAAAAUAGCAAAUAAAAUUAAACCAAAAAUAUGAUUGAAUCAUAUUUGAUACUUAUAUAACUUAUAUGUAUUAAAAAAAAUGUUUUUAUUAAAAUAUUAAUAUGAUAAAUUUCGAUUUAUCAUUUUAUAAACUAAAACAUUGUAUUUAUUUUUUUUUUUUUUUUAUAAAUUAUGCAUUCCAAUAUUAUAAUCUUCAAAAACAUUCCAAGUCCUAUUUAAUAAAACCCACGAAAACAUUUCAUAAGACAGAGUGACGCGAAGUUAUUCGCGUUUNGGUAAGGUCGCCAUAAUUUCAUAAAGUAAAUCCGGGAUGAAUAGAAAAAAUAGCAAAUAAAAUUUAACCAAAAAUAUGAUUGAAUCAUAUUCAAUUUUUUUUUUUUUUUUAUAAAUUAUGCAUUCCAUUAUUAUAAUCUUCAAAAACAUUCCAAGUCCUAUUUAAUAAAACCCACGAAAACAUUUCAUAAGACAGAGUGACGCGAAGCUGUUCGCGUUUUGUCGUGGUGGACCCGUCUGACCAGACGAUGUUUCAGGCGGCGUUAUACAUGCUCGGAGGGACCCCCGGGACCCGUCGUCCGCAGUGAGGCUGUCUACAAUGUUUCGUUCGUGACGUGUUCCGUGCUUCCCGAGAUAAUUUGCCCAAGUAUUUCUCAUCGGUUAUUUGCGUGUUUGCUUUUACGGUUUUCGGUUUUGGUUCUCCCCUGUUUUGGUUGUUACGCGUCGGCGUCGUCGCAACGCCGCGGCUCCCGUUAUUCGGAAUAUCCUGUCAUUCCGUAUCGUUUCGCUAUACGACCGGUGUUUAUGCCUGACCGCACCCUUGACGUAUUUAUUAUAUUUCGGCGGUUUCGAUUAAAAUGGUUUCGUGAAGUUUAAUUUAUUGCUUUUUAUAGAAGUCUUGGCUCCCGGUUUCGGCUGCGGUCCCCCUUUUUUAACAACAAUCACUUCGGGUUCACGCGCGUGUACAUAUAGUAGCGUGCGGGUGUGCACGUGACAUUCGUUAUCUCUCGAUUAGUUACUAUUCGGAGAAAAUGUCGAAAUUAAAAAAUUUCCAUUUUUCUUAAAACCGCGACGUAUUGGCGUACCGACGGAACAUCGGGACAUCGGUACAAUAAGUCAAAAACUGGUCACAGUCUCGGUUUUCCGGGACGUAUGGCAACCCUAGUCGCGGGGCACAUCCCGAGCAUAUUUUAUGUAUAACGCCGCCCGAAUCAUCGUCAGAUUUGAAUGUAAUGUAUUGGACAAAGAGUAUUUUCGCGAAGAAUAAAUUAUAGGGACUUGUUCCCUGAACUUGUAUUUUUUGUAAUGUCAACUCGAUAAUACCUAUGCCUGCUUCAACUCCGAUCUCCCGCGUUGGGCCAGUUACAACAUUAUAACGAAAAAUUAAAAAAAUGUUCAACUUUUCGCGAUCUAAACAUUCUAUAACGCACUGUACCAUGAGCCCAGAAUAUAUUAAUAGUUGGGCAAAACCCGGAAUAACACAUUAUUAAUAUUAUUGAUUUUUCUAUUGAUCCCGUUUGAUUCUCUACUUAUUCUUUAAUGAUUAUAUAAUGAAUAUAUAUAACGCUAUUAGCGCACUGAUUAUAUAUUUAUUUAUGGAAUUUAUGAUUAUUACUGGGUAAAUCACUAGCAGAUACAAAUAUACUUGGAAAUCACGGAAAUCUUUGAUAAUCUUAUAAACACCUUGUUAUUAAAUUUACAAAACAAUUUGACACGAAGUUACGAAUAUCAAUUAUUUCUAUUCGUGUGAUAAUUUAUUCACGUUAAAUAAUACGCAUCUAGCGUUGGAUAACGACUCGGUAACUUGAUUAUCAUAUAUUGUCAAAUUGGUGUCCGAAUUUCGUCUAAAACCACGCCGAAAUUAUACAAUCCGUUACACGAAUCGCUUAAUUACUAUUCACUCAAAUCUUAAAAAUUAUAUAAAACCAAUGUGAUAUAAUGCAAUCAUAUAAAAUUGUCAAAUUGUAUUUAUGAUUCCGAUUCCCGAACAAACGAUAACCGAUGGGUAUUAAUAGUUUAUUAAUAGUUUUGCAACAAUAUUUCACGUGACUUUAUACGCGUUGGUUUUCCAUCAUAAUUAUCAUUAUGUAAUAUAAAUUAUAAAUCGAUUUAGACUUCAGAUAACCAUUAGGCAAUAACCAUGUUAUUAUUGUCGAUCAAAUGUUCACUGUUGGGCUGGAAACUCACCGGCUCCAACAAUUUCUUGCUCAACGUUUUCUGUAGAAUCAAAUAAGACUGAUGCGCAUUACGUGCGACAUUGGCUCUCGACGUUGUGCUGUGUAUUGUAACAAGUGGGCGCUGUUGCGCUGCCGAAGACUUACGACAACAGUUUCAUCGCAACGCCCAUAGUGCUCAGUCGUAUAUUAACUAUAUUUACUAUACUUAUUGUUAUCAACAAUCUUUCCUCAGUUGAAAUAUUUAUCCUAAAAUUUGUAUUCGAUUUCUUUAUUCCAUUUUCAAUUAAACCUAAGAGCUCAUAAAAGGUUUUAAUAUUCAUUCGGAAGUAGUCGUAAAAUUGGUCUGGAUCGUUUUUAAGCUCAUGAAUAAAAUCAGAAAUAUUUCUCUUCUAGUUGAUUGCGUGAACCCAAAAUCUAUAUUGUUUUUCAUUUUCUAAAUCCAAAUACUUGUUUAUCCGUGUUCAGUUUUAGAGACAACAGACUAAAUAAACUUGUCGAUACAACUGAUGAUAAUCGUGUACUGAAAUAAAAUUGUUGUAAUUAAACAGUUUCAAAAUGUUGCAGCUGGUGCGUUUAUACCUGAAUUUUUUACUGCACAUUAAAAUAUUUCGCCACAAAUUGUUGCGACCGAUGCGUUUCCAGCUUAACGCAUCAAAAAUCAAAAUACUACUAAGGUUACUUUACGUUCGGAUUUUCAAAUAUACAAGGAAGGUAGACUAUAAUAAUUUGUCAAUUUUAUACAAUUAUAUUAUAUUAAUUUUACAUAAUUUUAAAUUUUGUGCGAUUAGUCCGUCUUAUACUUCUAUUUUUUUUUUAUAUAGCAAGUAAAGAUUUCCAUAACGGGUGCAAAACGCACGAAAAAGGUAAUGGACACAAAACGCACGGGCAAAAAGUGCACGUCACCCUUCUUUUUUAUUACCCAUCACUUCAUAGGCCAAUAUGGCGCUGGUCUUUCUCCGCUUCUUAUUGGUUUAUGAUUAUAUAUUAUUCAGGGUAUUAUUCCGUACACUGUGAGUUAAAUUGUGAUAUCAAAUUAUAACUCUGGCUUAAGAAUACGAUUCAAAAUACCGCCAAAAAUUAUAAACCACUCAGAAACGGCGUAAGACCAGCGCCAUAUUUGCGCAGUUUGAGACACAGAAUUACGCUUGUUUAUAUCAUACCUUGUUGUUUAUUACAACGUGGAUGAGAUAACUUUACGGCGUCAAGACAUGUUAACGCGGCUUGUGUAGAAAUUGCUUAUUUUUAGUUUUGGACUUAAAACACAGAUUAUAUUACUGAAAAGAGGAAAAUAUUCUAGAGAAAUUACUAUGAUUUUUUUUCCAUUAUUGCGAAUACAAUGAAUAUUAUUCUGUAGAUCGCAUUGUUUAGAAAUAAUGACAAUUUCAAAUUAUUUUAAAAAAUGUUCGUAACUUUUCAAACAAUUAAUAUUCAAGAAAAUAAUACGUUCCGUGGUGAUGUACUCAAAAAUAUUGUCCUUUAUUAGUUUUGUAAUAUAUGCUUUUAAUAAUGAAAAUUCAACGAGUUUUUACUAGAUGAUUUUAAUCGAUGUUUUUGUUCGAUACAUGUAUGUUAGUCUUCGAUGUAUCGAAAAAAUUGUCGAUGUUUUGAACUUUUUGUAUUUUUAUUUUAGAUCCAGAUUUCGGAACGAUUAUUUAUGGUUUUAGUAUUAUGUGUGCACACUUCCUUCAUAUUCUUUAACUUUACAAACGUUUUGGUUCGUCGAACCAUUCUUAUCUAAUCACACGUUGAAAUAUUAACGUGUUUUGUCGUAUUGUAACUAUAUUUUAGAUAUUAAAAAAAAAAAAAAAUGUUCUUAUAAAUAUAAAUUUAAUGAUAAUUUAAACGCGACCCGACACGAAACAUGGGUAAUUUAUUAAAUGAUACUGGAUUUUCCCUCAGAAUUAUUUUGCUAAUUUUGUUGGUGUAUUAUUUUGUUUAAUAUGUUUAAUAAAAAGUCCUGCAGUUCAAAAUGAUUGGUAUUAUUUUUUGUCUUAUCGGGAUAUCAUUUUUCGUGUAAAAUGUAAAAAAAUAAUAUUACGGGAUCAGUACACUUUCCCGACAUUCAAUUGUACAUUAUUAGCUCGACAUCAUUAGCCCGACAAUAUAUUUUACAUACUUUUACUGUACUUAAGUAAUACUAAUAUACAAUAUUUUAUUAUUUUUCAUUAAGAGGAUGUUUCACUCGCAUUUACUGUCUCAGUUCAAUUACCAGUUAAUACCCAUAAACAAUGCUUCCGCAGAAUAAGUCAAACUGGCUUAAUUUUGAUUUUAGAGUGAAAGUACCGAUUUUGAAAUUUAAUUUAUAGAGAAUGGUGUCGUGGGUUUGACUAUAUAUAUAAAAUCCUUUACUUUUAUAAGUUAAUAAUAGUAUUAAAUAUAAUUAAAUUAAAUUUCACCACUUUUUUUUUUUUGGACGUAAUAUAAUAUUGUUAUUAUUAUUUAAUUAUAACUCAAAUUAUAGUAAUUAAUUAUCAACUAUAUUAAACAUAUUAUCAUUAGACUAACUAUAUUUAAUACUACCUUUGAAUAUUUAAUACAUUCAAUUCUUACAAAUAAUUAACUAAUUAUCAUCUUCUUAAUUUUUUUAGAAUGCGGAUGUUGAAGAUUUAUCUAGUUGUGUAAAGGAUCAUAAAAUUGAUAAAAACAAAGGAAAACAUACCUCUUAUGGUAAGUUAAAAAAAAAAAUGAUUUACCUGAUAUAAUCCUAUUUAUAACUAUCAUGAGUAUCUAAUUAUCUAGUAAUCCAGUUGUAUAAAGCUAUUUGUAUAAUUUUAUUGAGAAUAUUAAACAGCAUUUUAAAUCAAUUGUGUUACCAUAAUAUCCUAAUGUUAUUUUUUAGCUGCGUUUACACAGUUCACUCUUGAUGAAGAUUUUGAAUGAAUCAUAGUGAAUCAUCUAUAACAAAUAGUUUACAUGGUUCACUGAUAAUUAUUUCAUUCAUUAUCUUAAUGAAUGUUUUUUGGUUUCUUUUAUAACCGGUUUAAAAAAAAAAAAAUGUUUUAUUGGUAGUAAUGACGAAAGCAGCGUUUACACAGUUCAAUUUUGGUUAAAUAAUGACCACUCAAAAUAAUAAAAGUUGAAUACGAACCAUCUUUCAUCAACAUUUAACAAAUCAUCAUUAUUGUGGAUGCUCACUUUUAAUGAUUUCAUGUUUAUAUUGUUAAUUUUUAAUUCAUUAUAAAUGAUUCAUCCAAAAUGAUCAACGAGAGUGAACCGUGUAAAUGCAGCUAAUACUCCUCUUAUACUUAUCUUUUUAUUUAUAAUUACUUUGUUUAGAAUAUUGGACAAAUGUAACUGAUAGAAAUGAAGAUCUAGAGGACUAUCUAAAAGGCCGUGAUUCGGAAAAAAAUGUGAGUUUUUUUUUUAAAUUUAUAAAAACAAUUUUUAUAAAGUUAAAAUACUUAUAAGUUUAAAUGAUAAAAUACACUUUUGUUAAAUAAUAUUAGAUACUGCUUGAUAAUAAUAAUUAUUAUCGAUCAAACAUAAUUAAAAGCUUAGAAUUGUGCACAAUAAAUUACCCGUGGAAAUACUUAAAUAUAUGUAGAAUUAUUAUACCAUGUAUUUCUAAUAUUUAUCAUUCAUUAUUAUAAGAUUAUAUUUUAAUUGUUUAUUUUAGUUUUAUUAAUUUUUAACAAUUUUAAAAAUAGUUCUUGAUUUGUAGAUUGUAAAUUAAUUUUCAUGAAAAAUUUCUUAGAUCACAUAUAUAAGCAAUAUUUAAUAGUUAUGUAUUUGAUGUAUUAUAUAUUUUAUAUUUUAGAAAAUAUUUGAAUUGUGUUAUCUCAAUGCAAACUUUGAUUUGGACAAAUGUAUAUCUAUGAUGGAACAAAUUGGGAAAAAAUCUUAUGUACACCUUGAAAAGAUCGAUAAGAAAAGGACAAAGUAAAUUUUUUACAUUCGUAAAUAAACCUUAUUCAUGAUUUUAGUUAGUGUUGUUGAGGAUCGGGUUUCUAUAGGAACAAUUCAUGAAAUUCCUUUUUAGAGGAACAAAUGAAGGAAUUAAUUCCAUUAUUUUUAGGAAUAGGAACGAAAAUACUGCAAUUAUUUUAUUUUUAACAAGGAAAUUAAUUUAAUUUAAUUUAUUAGGGUUUUAAAUAUGUCUAUUCUAGAAGUAAGAAUAUAGUUUCCCAUUUUAAUUGACUUGAUCAACUUGCACUACACUUAUUUUUUAUGAAAACUAGGUAUCUACACAAGUAACCAAUGAAAACCCUCAGUGUUAAAUCAAUUGUAUAAGAUAUUUGAAUACUUUCAAAGCAAAAUCAUUAGUGAUAUUAUUAUUUUCAAAUUAAGAAUAUAAAAAGAUUAUUUUGGUGUGCAUUAGAUAUUUAUAUAUAUAUUUAAAAAAAAGGUACGUUUACAGGAAUGAAUUCAUUUUUUAAUGAUUGAGGAACAGAACGAGUUCCUUUUUAAAAUAAGGAACGAGAAAUGGGAAAAAAUUAUUUUUUAAAAGGAACUUUAACAACACUGAUUUUAGUUUUCUACUUGAUUGUAAUUUUUAAUUUUUAGUUAAUUAUUCUAAAAUAUUAUUAUAGGUUGAUCCAAUCUCCUUGUAAAGAAAUUACAAAAUUAACAAAACCGAAAAUGAAAAGAAGCCAUAAAUUAAAUUGUAGAAUUAAUAAAAAAAUUAAAGAAUUAUUUGGAAAAAAAUACUUUAAAUCAGAUAAAACUCUUAUGAUUAAUGAACUCAACAAUUUGAAAUUGAAAUCAAAUAACAAUUGUUUUUCCUCAAGAAUUAUUAAUUUUACAGAUAAUAAUGGUUUACUUAGUGAUAAUAAUGAAACUUCACUCGGUAAGAUCGAUGAAGUAUUUAGUCUACAACCGACUAAUGAUUUGGUUGAAAAAGAUAAAAGUCCUGUAAGUCCUGUUGUUGAAGUAGAUAUGAAUAAUACUGAAUCAUAUUUAUUUAGCGAAAAAAUGAAUUUAACGGCUAAUAAUUCUAAGGAAUUUGUAUUAGGAAAGAUCAGUGAUGUCUAUAGUUUACAAAUGUCUCAUGAUAGGACCGAAAUAAAUGAAAAUCUUGCGGCUUCCGUUGUUGAAGUACAUGAAAAUAAUAACUCGAAAACUUCUGAAUCACAAUUAUUUAGCAAACAAACAAGUUUAUAUGCCAAUGAAAUAUGCAUUGAAGAUUCACAAGAUUCUAAGAAACUUACAUCAGGAAAUGAUAAAAUUGAAGUUAUAAAUCCACCUCUUCAUAGUAAUUUAAUUAUAAUUGGUCAAGAUGGACAUGUUGACAAAUCUGUUACAGAUAAAAAGGAUAAUGAAAAUUUAAAUGAUAACGAGACCUUAAAAAUUAAAAUUUGUACAAUUAUUAAAAUGGAUGAUGAGGUUUUUAGUCAUAGAAUUGUAAAUGACUUGGCGUUAUAUUUUAUGAAAGAUGAUCAUCUAUCGAAAGUUGAUCAACUUUGGGGAACUUCUCUAUCUUGGCUGACUGCAGAUUUAAUAACUAAACUUAUUAUGAAAUUUGAUAGUACUAAAUAUAAUAUGGCAUAUCUAUCAUGUUGUUUAGUUUGUGUAUUUCGCGUGAUAGAAGAAAGUUCUCUAAGCUUGCCAAAUGAAAUAAAAAAAAAAUUAACUAUGUUUAUUAGUGCUAUUGGAAAAUAUGUAAAGCACUUAGAUGAUUUAAUGUGGAAAAGAUGGUUGUUAUCUAAUUUGUUUUCAGAUUGGUUUAUAUUUUUAGCUCAUGUUUUUAUACCAAAUAAAAACAUUUUAACAGUGAAUAAUAAAAGCCUAGUUAACAACGCCACAAAGUAUUUUAAAAAAAUUAAACAUGAUAAGUAUAGUUUUAAAAACAAAAAACUCACAGAAGAUGGUGUUUUACAAUUUUUCAAUGAUUUUGACUCAUAUUCCACUGAUACAAACAUAGUAAAUAAUACAGCUACCGAAGAAACAAAGUUAGAAAGUCCCAAAAUGAAAAAUGUUAUAAAUAAUACGGAAAAGCAUAACUUAAUCAGAACUAGUGAACUAAAAAUUGCCAAACUAGCUUUAAAAAAAUUACAUAGUGCCGAAGGAAAAAAUCAAAUAGGGUAUGAAAAUGUGUUAGAAAACACAAAUACUAUACAAAAACCAACAAAAAAUCAAAAAAUAAAUUAUGAAGAAAUUAAACAACCCUUCAUAAAACCAUUAAUGACUGAAAAUCAAAAUAACAAACGCAAAUUAGAGGAGAAUAAUGAACAUACAACUCAAAAAAUUAAAUUAAAUUCUAACUGUAGUAAUGAAGGAAAUACUAGUAAAACUGUAGUAAUUAAAAACAAUAGUAUUGAUUUGGAUGAAUUGUUAACAAUCGAACAUCUUCAAAAACAAGAAAAUUGUUGUACAGGAUCUAAAGAUCAGAUAGAAGUAGAAUGUAUAAAUGUGUGUUCUGUUCCAGAAAAUAUUAAAAUUAAUGUACCUUCCCAAUUCAGUAUUUCAAAUACAUUUAAAAACCCCACUUUUGGUAUAAAUUUAGAAUUACUACCAGAACUGUUUUCAAAGAAUAACAAUGAUAAUACAACUAAAAAUAACUGUGAAAGUCCAACAAUAAUAGGUGAAAUUAACAAAAAAACAGUGAAGAAAAAUAAUAUUACCAAUUCAAGGGAAAAAAAUCGAGAAAUAAAACAAACAAACGAUAAAAAUAUAAAAAAGAAAAGACGUUCUAAAUGGCAAAAAGAGGCACUGUGUUCACCAGAAGUAUAUUAUCAAGUUGGAAAUAAUCCUCAAAAGUUUGAUCUAACAUAUGACAAUGUAGUUUCUAAAAACUUGAGUCCUUAUUAUAAAAACAUUUCUGCUUCAAAUUUAAAUUCUUCGCAUAUAUCUUCAACACAGGAUUCUAAUAAUGUUAAUACUCAGCCUUCUACUGCUAUUAACACUUAUCCUUAUAGUGCUAUAAACAGUUGGCCUUCUACUUCUAUCAACACUUUGCCUUCUAUUCCUAAGACUACUCAUUCUUGUAAUACUACAAAGACUCAGUCUUUUAGAUCUGUGAAUUCUCAGAUCUAUAAUACUAUGAACAUUCAACCUUAUAGUGCUACAAACACUCAGCCUUCUAUAAACACUCGGCCCUCUAGUUCUAUGCACAUUCAGCCCUAUAGUUCUAUGAACACUCAGAUUUAUGGUACUAAUGAUACUAUGAACAUUCAGCCAUAUAGUGCUAUGAACACUCUGUCUCCCAGUAUUCCAAAUGCUCAGUCCUAUAGUGCUACGAACACUCAGCCCUAUCCUAUAGUGCUACGAACACUCAGCCCUAUAGUGCUACAAACACUCAGACCUAUAGUGCUACGAACACUCAGACCUAUAGUGCUACGAACACUCAGCCCUAUAGUGCUACAAACACUCAGCCCUAUAGUGCUACAAACACUCAUCCCUAUAGUGCUACAAACACUCAGCCCUAUAGUGCUACAAACACUCAGCCCUAUAGUGCUACGAACACUCGGCCCUAUAGUGCUUUAA